AUGUCCUUCCAACAACUAAACACACCCGCCAAACAACAAUCCUCAAAAGUCCAAAAUUUCUCCGAAACAGCCCAAAAUACUUCAGCUGACCCGAAAAUGGAGGUGGAUGACUGCAUAUUAUCGGACCAGGUGCGUGUCGACGGCGACACCACAAGGGCGACGUUCUCUGCCGGCGGUCUAUUGCGGUGGGGCGAGCGGCGGCUGCAACUCGAGAAAGAGGUCCUCGGCUUCUCCGUUGAGGGUUCGAACCUCAAAAUCAGAGCUGCUGUGGAGGCUCCCGCCGGAAUUUGCUGCUCCAGCGGAAAAUCCAGUCUGGUUAGGACGUCCUUCUCCCUCGAGCUAUUGUCGAAUGAUUCUCUUCGCAUAUGGAGUCAGAAACUGCAGGAGUACUUAGAUUCUCUCGGUAGGCCAAAGAGGCUAUUCAUAUUUGUGAACCCUUUUGGAGGUAAUAGGUUGGCGUUGAAGAUUUUCGAGAAUGAUGUGAAGCCUUUACUUGACGACGCCAAUGUCGAGUACGCUGUACAAGAAACAAAAUACCGACUUCACGCUAAGGAAGUUGUUCAAUCUCUGGAUCUUGCAAAGUAUGAUGGAAUUGUGUGCGUCAGUGGAGAUGGGAUUCUGGUUGAGGUAUUAAAUGGAUUGCUUGUGCGGGAGGAUUGGGGCAAGGCAAUAAGGAUGCCUCUUGGAAUAGUACCUGGAGGAACUGGAAAUGCCAUGGUGAAGUCAUUUUUAGAUGCAUGUGGUGAGCCUUGUGCUGCAUCUAAUGCUAUUGUUUCUAUUAUCCGAGGGCAUAAGCGCGCAUUGGAUGUAGCUACUAUUUCACAAGGAGCCACCAAGUUUUUCAGCUUGUUAAUGCUGGCAUGGGGUCUUGUGGCAGAUAUUGAUAUUGAGUCUGAGAAAUAUAGGUGGAUGGGGCGUGCUCGGAUAGAAUACUAUGCCCGUGAGCGAAUAUUCGACCCUAGGAAGUACAAUGGCAGCGUAUUAUUUGUCCCGGCACCUGGAUUUGAAUCUUUUGGAGAACCACUGGAUCUCGAGAAGCAAAUAAUUAUAGAUGGGGAAAGUGACAUUAAAACCGAAUAUGGUUAUCAAGGUCCUAAAUUCGAUAUAAAGAGGUUAAACUGGCGGAAAAUUGAUGGGCCUUUUGUUUCAGUAUGGCUUCAAAAUGUGCCUUGGGCUAGUGAAGAUGCUAUAGCAGCACCUGAAGCUCAGUUUUCGGAUGGUUAUCUAGACUUGAUGUUGAUUAAGGAGUGUCCCAACUCAUCCUUGCUUACGUUGAUGACUGAGCCGAACAGAGAACACGUCAAACUCCCGUUUUGUUCUUACCUGAAGGUUAAGGCGUUUGUUUUGCAGCCGGGCCCACAAACCGACGACCCGAACAAGGAGGGAAUCAUAGAUGUCGAUGGCGAGGUUAUUGCAAAAGGUAAAGGGACAUACAAAUGUGACGAGACAACGCUAAUGAGUUACGACAAAUUACUCGUUAAAGUGGAUCAGGCUUUGGCUACAAUGUUUUCUCCAAAGUAACAAGAGUGUUGGUUUUGCAUCUAAGUUAUUGGUGAUCUGCUAUGUUUUAUUGGACAUGCAACAGUUAUGCGGUCCAUUUGUAUAACUUUUCGCACUUUUUGGAAGUAAAAAAGUUAAAGUGCGAAGAUAUUGUGCCAUGAACAAUAGUUAUGUGUGGAUAUGCGAUAAUUACGUGGUUCAUUCGCAUAAUCAUAUGCACUUUGAUGAAAAAGUUAAAUUGUUAGCUAGUGGUGUACGAAAAUUUAAUAAAUCUAUAGUUGGGUAAAAAAAUGCGCGCUUGUCCACGUGGUUUCUUUGUUAUGAUUUGGACUGGAGAUUUAUCCCCGCCCAGUAUGGCUGUUCAUUUAUUAUGUGUUUAGUUGAUAAUUUG